UUCUUCCUCUGUUUCUACGAUAGACUACACCUCCUCGUCGUACUGCGGUUUCCCCGGACGCGCCCCUGUUGAUUAAUUUUCCUCCGAAAGCUUCGUCAACACCACAUCACAAACCUCCCACGGCUCAAUUCACCACCGUUCGCAAUGUCUAAACCAGACUGGAUCCAAUAUGGCGUUCCCUCGCUCGACCGCCCCUUCGGUCUCGAGUUGUGGCCCAUCUUCGAGGUGGCCUUCGAAUCCGCUAUGGGAUACAAACCCCAGGACUUCCGCUUCACUCCGGGAGAGACCCCAAUCUCCACCCUGAAGACCUGCAGCGCCAUUCUCCUCUCCUACUACAUCGUUAUCUUCGGUGGACGCGAGUUGAUGCGCGAUCGCCAGCCCCUGCAGCUCAGCUUCCUCUUCAAGGUCCACAACUUCUACCUCACUGCCAUCAGUGCCAUUCUCUUGGCCCUCUUCGCUGAGCAGAUCAUCCCCACCGUCGCAAGGCACGGCAUCUUCUUCGCUGUCUGCGACCAUGCCGGUGGCUGGACCGACAAGAUGGUUAUCUUGUACUACCUCAACUACCUCACCAAGUUCCUCGAAUUGCUUGACACCUGCUUCCUGUUCCUCAAGAAGAAGCCAUUGACCUUCCUCCACACCUACCACCACGGUGCUACCGCUCUCCUCUGCUACACCCAGCUCAUCGGCCACACCUCCGUCUCAUGGGUCGUCAUUACCUUGAACUUGACCGUCCACGUCGUCAUGUACUGGUACUACUUCCAGAGCGCCCGCGGCAUCCGCAUCUGGUGGAAGAAGUACAUAACCAUCAUGCAGAUUGCUCAGUUCGUUUUGGAUCUUGGCUUCGUUUACUUCGCUUCUUGGACCUACUUCACCAGCACCUACUGGCCAUGGCUCCCCAACGCCGGCAAGUGCGCCGGCGAGGAGUUCGCUGCCAUCUCCGGAAUCUGCAUCCUCACCUCGUACCUCUUCCUCUUCAUCCUCUUCUACUUCGCUACCUACAAGAAGCCCGUCCCCAAGGGCCGCCGCAGGGCUACCAGCGCUUUGGUUGAGAUGAAGGAUGAGAAGGUACCCACCGUCGGCGAAGCCCGCAGACGGUUGUCCCAGGGUGCUCAUUCGCUUUCUAACGGUGUUGCCACUGCUACAGGUGCCAGCCCCAACGGACGCGUCACCCGCAGCCGCAAGGCUUAAGCGAAUUCCGGGGAAUCCCCUCGAAUCCAGCACUAGAGGCGGAGCUGCGUACUAAGCCGACGUCAUCAAAAGGGGUCGAAAGAUUACCUGAGUGGACGGUCGCGGACGCUCGCUCAUCGACACGACUACGCAUGCUCCUUCGCCGCGACGAAAAUCGACAAGAUGGGGAUCCUCUCCCGAGGCCCAUCCCCAACUCAG